AAAAUACCGACACUUCUCGUCAUAUUUGUUUGAACUCCAAGGUUCAGGGUUUCUCGAUGACUAUUUUCACUAGCUUUUCUAGCCACGCCCGCCAUUGACUACUAGCUCGCUGCGUUCACUUCCUGUAAACAAAGCUCCGGCUGUCAGGGUCUCUAAAAAACAAAAUUGCUCCAACGUCUGCGUUUCAACGAUGGCCCAAGCUGGAGUUGUUCUCGAUAAAGACCAGUUUAACUGUUCAAUAUGUCUGGACGUGUUGAGGGAUCCGGUCACUAUUCCAUGCGGGCAUAGUUAUUGUUCGGGUUGUAUCAAGCAUUACUGGGACCAGGACGAAUACCUCGGGGUUUAUGGCUGCCCCCAGUGCAGGCAGUCUUUCAACCCGAGGCCGCUGCUCGGCAGAAACACGAUGUUGGCGGACGUCGUGGAAAGAUUCAAAAACACUCGAUUCCAGACCACACACACGCCCGCCGCAGAGAGCUUCGCCGGACCCGAAGAUGUGCAGUGUGACGUUUGCACGGGCAGAAAAAACAAAGCGGUUAAAUCGUGUCUGGUGUGCCUGGCCUCCUACUGCGAGCCUCACUUGAAGCCUCACUACGAGUCUGCAGCCUUCAAGAAGCACAGGCUCGUUGCAGCCUCGGAAAAACUACAGGAGACCAUAUGUCCCCAACACGACAAGCUUCUAGAGGUCUACUGUAGAACCGACAAUCAGUGCAUCUGUUACCUUUGUCUGACAGAUGAACAUAAAGGACACGAUACAGUUCUAGCUGAGACGGAAAUCCGAGAAAAGAAGACUCAGCUUGGUGAGGAGAAGCGACACUCUCAAACUAAAAUCCAAGAGAGGGAGAGGGAAGCCAUGGAGCUGAGACAAGCCAUUAUGUCUCUCACACGGUCUACUCGAGCAGCCAUCGGGGAGAGCGACAAGGUCUUCACGGAGCUGAUCCGAUCCAUAGAGCUGAAGCGCUUCGAGGUGCGGGAGCUCAUCGGGGUCCAGGAGAGGAACGCUGUUCGCCACGCCGAGGAGCUGCUGUCGAGGCUGGAGAAGGAAACCAAUGAGCUGAAGAGGAGAGAGGCCGAGCUGGAUAAGCUCUCUCACACCGAGGAUCACGUCCAGUUUCUACGGAGCUGCCAGACUGUUACCCCUAUUGCCGGCGGUCUACCCUCAAUCAUUGUUGACCCCAACCUGGACUUUGGCUUGGUGAUGGUGGCUGUCAACGACUUCAACUCUCUGCUCACGGAAGUGUGCCAGGGCGGUUUCAGCAGCAUCUUCGAGAGAGUAAGAGAAGUGACUAUCGUGGACUCUCCCAUUCCUGCUAUCGAGCUGGAAGCAGAGCAGCUCAACGCCCAAACAAGUGUCCACAUGGAUGCAACCCCAAGGUUGGGAGGUUAUCCUGACCCCAAACAAACAGUGUUUGUUUUUUCAGCGACUCUUCCUCCUACACCUGGGCUAGACCAAGCGCCCGUGGGCCCACUGAACCCCUUCCUCUCUCCAGGACCUGCCCUCUCCACGUUCGGUGGCUUCGCCUUACCAUUCGGUUCCAAGCUUUCCUCAGGCUCUAGACAAAGACAUUUGCAGCGACGCUCCCACCCGCGGAGAAAAUAGCACCGGGACAGCUUUAUCAUUUCACAAGACCAUGCAGGACACUCACAGCUCCUGGGGUUGAAUCUCCCCUUACUCUGCCCUAUAGUUUACACAUCGUAUUAUAUUUUUUGAUUUAUUAAAUUGUAUUCGUUCAAUGGGAUACUACGGUACAUGGACCCGGCUGCAGUUGGCCAAAGUAUGUUUUUUUGAUACGAGGAUAGAAGAUCAGUUCCACAGGCACAUCAGCUAAUGUUACAGAGAGCAUAACGCCACGUGAAAGUUGAACGGAAUGCAAUAAUUGGUUGGUAUCUGAUUUUACUCUUUAAUUAAUACAUAUUCACCAUGUAUUACCAUUGGCACAGUUUUAUUUAAUCUUAAUUUGAAGAAUAUUAAUAUUGAUAAGUUGUAUUUCUUUUUUAUGAUUAUGCUUUUAAUUAUACUCAUCAUCCGUUCCGAUCGGGCAGUGAUCAACAGUUAAAUAUUUGUAUUUUCUGACAAAUGUGACGUUAUUUGUAAGGCACAAAUAAAAAAAAUCACAAACAUGA